ACAAUUAAUGGUAGCGUUGUGCAUAUCAUUAUUCAUAUCUGACAGCAUUUUCUUACUCUCGAAUAUAGCAAGAAGUUAUAAAAAUGCUUGUACUUGUGUUGCAAUUCUUCUACACUUCUUUCUUCUCACAUCACACGUUCUAACCGCCGCGACCGCGUUUGAAUUCGCUUCAACGUUCCGAUCAAGACCAGUAGCAAGGCCGUCAAAAUCUUUGAAACGAUUUGUUUUAUACUGCGCAGUGGCUGUUGUUUGCUCAAUAAUAGUUGUUUUAAUAACAUUCAUACUAAACGAAAUUGAUGCAAGUUACAUUCAAUAUGGCGGAAAAGCUGCAUGUUGGAUAGGAAAUCUUUACGGACGAGUGUUUUCCUAUAUCGCACCAGUGGUUUUUGUUUACAUAUUUUCUGCUGUUGCACUGACAUAUGCUAUACGUAACAUCCACGAAGUAAACAAGUUAAAUCAUAGCGCGAUGCCAAAACAGGAUAAAAACAGAUAUAGUUCAGGGAGAAUUGCUUUCAAGUUGAUUGUAUAUCUUGGCAUAAUCGAAAUAUUCGGAAUAAUUCAAAUCAGUAAAGACAACUUAUCGAACAACGAAUUAAUAUUCAACUCUGUGUUUCAGAUGUUAUUUACGAUAAUUCGAAGUUUCAGAGGAGUGUUUAUUUUGAUGUUGAUAUUAUCAGCUAAAAAAUCAAGCUGGUUAAAAUCGUUAAGUACAAAACGAAUCAGGAUAACAUUGAACAGAAACAAGCCAAACUUAGAUACAAGUAAAUGUACAGUUGAAAGUAAUCAAAGCGUGACAACGAAACUAUAAAACGCGUUGAGUUACGAUUAGAAAAUACAGUGCGCCCCUCUCUCAUACAACAUCAUGUAAAGAACAAUAUUUUUUCUACAUUGUUAUCUCCAAGUUUUUUUAAUUUGAUUUUUAAUACUUACUUUUUUGUUGUUAUAUUUUUAAAACACAUAAAAUAAGAAAAAUGUCGAGAAUCUAUAAAAAUAUUCAGAAAAAAAAAUAGUGUUCGCAAAAUUUAAAAAUGUGUUUAUGUGAUGUCAUCACGCCAUUUUUGACAUGUCAAUAUGUCAAAAUAUCAAUGAUGUAAAUGAGGCUGUUAUCGUUUUAUGUGGUUAAUGAAAAGGAAAUUGUGCGCAGGCGCAGCAAUUAUAAGAAAUUUAACAAUUGGCACGCAUUAUAUUUGUCAUCAUGAUAUAUGUUAUCUGAUAGCAUUUUCACCAUGGAAACACAAAGCAAAAAAUAAGGACAUACUUUAAUACAGUUGAAAUUAAUGAGACUGUAGCAAAUUGUCAAUCGGAUCGGAUUGACUAGAAUCAAAUGUGAAUGAGAACAGCAUUGGUAAAGUGUGCUUUUAGUGAAAAAUAUGUUAAAAAAAGUUUAAAGUUGGUCACUUUGAUGUUCAUUAUUUGCUAAUAAAAGUUGAGCAAUGUAAUCGUCACUUGAAGAGAGUUUAUCAACCUGUAACAUUUUCUACUGUACUACUUCUAGUAGUACUCUUAGUAAAAUAAUUGUAAGAGGUAGAAGGAGGGGGUGGUCAAGGGGUUUGUUAAGUAGGGAUGGUUAAUCAAUUUCUUUAAAUUAGCUAGUAGCUAGGGAGGGAGUUAAUAAAUUGAAGUGGGUGAAUUUUCAUUCACAGGCUUGUAAUACAGGGUUCAUUAAUAGCUGGUGGGAUUAGAUUUUUCUUCUUUGAAAACAAUACCUUUGAUUUAUUUUGAUUUUUAGAAAAGAUGUAUUACUUCAUGUUACAUGGUACAGUUGUAUUCCCUAUAUUUUUACUAUAAUAUGAACAUUUUUUAUUCUUUCCUUUCACAAUUAUAGCAACAACUUUUCUCAAUCUGGAUAAUUAGAAGAAGGGAGAGGGGGAGAGAUAGGUUACCGACCUUUUUUCAGCCGAAUUUUUUUACAGAUAAAGUAAAUCAUUCGAUACUAAGCGCCUACACAAAAAUGGGUUUACUCAAAAAACAAUUUUUUCUGGUAAGGUGAGCCCUAGAUGUCAAUAGGGUAAAUAUUAUAAAAAUACUCAACUAUCCAUUAUUUGUAGGCAGGAGGAUAGAAAGUUGCAGUAAUUAGGAAAAAACCUGAAAUGGUAAAAUUUCAGUCAGUAAUAAAGAAAAUCGGUGAAGAAAAAUCUGCUUUUAUGCUUCAAUAAGCUAGAAUUUAAUCACCUUUUAUCAACAUUUCUCAGAUGAGGUGAGCACCAAUUGUUGAUUUCUGUUGGUUCCUAGGUUGAUUCUUGGAGGUUAAUUACGCUGAUUUCUUUUAGCAGCCAUCAAAAAAUUAACCAGGGCAUUUUGCCUUUUUGAUGAAUUUAAUAGCAGUAAAAUAACAACUCAGGGGGCACAAUACCUUGGGUACGAGGGUGAGAAAAAGUGACUCCAUGUAAAAAAUGUAUAAAGAGUUGUUUUUCUGUACACAAGGCACUUACUGGAAAGAUUAUUGUAGACGACAAGGCUAGGUAGAUAUACAAAGUAUGGGGUUGCUUGUAUGAGAAAUAAGAGUAAAGUUUCAUUUUUCGAAUCCUACCACAAAAAACAACAGCCUGUGUCUACCUCAUUCACCCAGCCGCACCUUUAACUGCUACAUUGUUACUAUUUGUAUUUUUAUAUUAUUUGUUUUUCCCAGUUUCGAGCAUAUUUUGCACUCAUUAAAUUUUGCACUCAUUAAACCGGUGGAGUAUCGAAAAAACAGGAACUCAACAAGAAAGUAGAGACGUUUUCCUAUUAAAAUACAGAGUGUAAACACAAACUUUUGUUACGUGUCUUUUGUAAAAGGACCAAAGAAAACAGCUGGAUUUAAAACGGAGAUGUUUACAGCUUAGAUUUUUACGCUGAUAUGUAA